AUGCAUCCAAAGGUGCCAAAAUCCCAACUCAAGAUCUGUGUGUCGUUGCGUUUUCGGGCGUCGGGCAGUUACCAACUCAGUAUCGGUAACAAUACGAUUAUUGGUUUGAGCCAGCCGAAGCUGCCAUCAACGACAGAGGAGUGGCUUCGUGUGUCGAACCGCUUCGAAAGGAAAUAUGGCUUUCCACAUGCCAUCGGUGCUCUGGAUGGCAAGCAUGUGGCUGUGCGAGCACCGAAGGGGAGUGGCAAUGACCACUUUAACUAUAAAGGGUUUCACAGCAUCGUGCUACUUGCAAUUGUCGAUGCUGAUGGGCAUUUUAUGUACAUUGAUGUUGGGGGCAAAGGAAGUGUUUCGGAUGGGGGAAUAUUCAAUAACUCCGAGGUGCACAGAAGAAGUGGAUCAGUGGAGCGGAAUUUUAAUAACAUACAUACGCGAGCAAGAAUUACAGUUGAGAGAUCAUUUGGGAUCUUAACUAGUAUAUUUAGAAGGACUGUGCAGCGUAGCGGGCUCAAUCAGUCAGCAACCGAAAAGCAGGUGCUGGACGCAGUAUGCCAUCUGCUGAAGCUGAAGGAACCAUCUGCCGUCAAGCUUCGUGAUUCUUACCAGCGCACCAAGCUGGUCGAAAUCUUCCUGCCAGAGGCUGAGGCCAAGAGACUGGGGCGAAGGCUGGGACCGUUAAAGUGGGAUGGAAUGCUGGGAAAUGGGUCACCACAAGAGCGGCUGCGAAGGGGUGGAUCGAGCCAAUAA